AUGCGACUAAUCAACUGUCGAACACUAAGGCUUGAAGAGUCCUACGGUGCUGUAGUCUCCAAGAAAUAUGCCAUCCUGUCCCAUACAUGGGGGGCUGAUGGUGACGAGGUCACCUUUCAGGAUUGGCAAGAUCCUCAGGUAGCUGCAACAAAACUUGGGUAUCGCAAGGUCAUUAAAGCCUGUGCCAUGGCUCAAAAGCAUGAUCUGGAUUACAUCUGGAUUGAUUCCUGCUGCAUCAACAAGUCUAGCUCUGCUGAGCUCUCGGAAGCUAUAAACUCCAUGUACGUGUGGUAUCGAGAUGCCGAGAUCUGCUAUGCCUAUCUCGCCGAUGUUUCACUAAAUGAAGACAACUUGGGGUACCAGCCGGAAGAGCUUCGCAACAGUCGAUGGUUCACCCGGGGUUGGACACUACAGGAGCUACUGGCCCCCAGGAAACUGUGGUUUUAUUCUUGCCAUUGGACAAAACUCGGCACGAAAAGGUCACUGGCAAACGAGGUCUCGGCGAUUACCGGGAUUGACAUGCCCUACCUGACCAUGGAAAGGCCCAUAUCAUCUGCUAGCAUUGCCAAGAGAAUGUCUUGGUUGUCGCGAAGGACCACCAAGCGUGUUGAGGAUCUGGGCUACUGCAUGCUUGGGGUAUUUGAUAUCAACAUGCCUCUGCUUUAUGGUGAGGGCGGAAAGGCCUUCACUCGGCUGCAAGAAGAGUUAAUUCGAGUCUCAAAUGACCAGACCCUGUUCUGCUGGACUUGGAUUGACUCUGUGAUCCCCACUGGCUGGACAAGCAUCCUCGCGCCCUGCCCGGCGGCAUUUGAGUUUUCCGCCAAAUAUGUGGAAUGUCCCAGCCUAGAGGGCGAAGUAUGUUCAUACACCACUACUAACGCUGGCCUCAAUAUAAAGCUCCCA